CCAACUUCGCCUGCUAUAACACCUUGCUCACUGUGAGCUGAACUACCUGCACAUUUAUAAUGGCUUCGCAAUCAGGCAUGGUCGAUCCGGCCAUCUUCCAGGACCUCCAGGCGCGCGUCGACGAAGACACAGCUGUCCGUGAUGAGCUGAAAGACAUCAUCCAAGCUCUCGAGAAGCACAACCGCAAUGUCUCGUUCGUACUAUCAAGAGCACACUCCACCCCUGUCGCCAACCUCCGCGAAGUCCUCAAGGCGGCAGAAGAGUCUAUAAACACUGUCAUCGAUGAUGUCUCGAAGCUGUCACAGGCUGCAUCAAAGCUGCCAUACUACAAGUUCAACAACAUGUGGUCUCGUCAGAUGCAGAGCGCCGUAGAGGGCCUUCUUCUCUGGGGCUGGCUGGGCGGCUAUAAGUAUGACGGCGGUGAUAUCAAAGCCGGGCGCUUACUUACUAUCGAAGAGCUGGGCGAGAUUCUGAAGAUCCCGGUCAACCUCAAGGAGCGAGACGAGUUCCACCUCACGCUCGAAGAGUAUCUGCAAUCCCUCAUCUCGCUCGUCGAAGAACUGACUCGACUUGCACGUAAUGCCGUUACACUUGGUGACUACGAGCGUCCCAUCCUGAUCAACCAGUUCGUUAAGGAUCUGUUUGCUGGCUUCCAGAUCCUCAACCUGAAGAACGACAGCUUGCGCCGCCGUAGUGAUGGACUCAAGUACAGGGUCAAGGAUGUGGAGGAUGUUGUGUACGAUCUCUCGCUGAGGAACUUGCUACCUAAGAAGGGGUAAGCACCACCUACAAGAUGGCAGAUGGUAGUUGGUUUGCAGGGACGCAUAUCGAAGAUUGCUCUUGCCUGAGACUCUUGCAAUAAAACCAAAAGCCUGAACAAGUUCAAG